CUGUGAUCUUGGCUACAUCUUUAUACGAAAUGACUCUCGACGUUGCAUUUAACUGGAAGUGAUUAGUUAUAUCAUUGCUGACUUUUGGUAUUCAUCUUCAAACUGACUAUGCUAAAAGUGGUGAAUUUCCUUCAGGAUUUAAAACGAAACAUCACAAUAGCAAUCCAACCCGAUGGGCGCUUUUGAGCAUAGGUUUGCACAUGUGGUCUGGUGGGUGCUCCACAUCACGGGCUUGGCGGCUUUGUGCAUCCUGCCUUCAGACUUGCGUGUUGGCGAGGCUGUGAAAGCACACCAUUGGCUGGUGGCUGUCGCGCUGAGCAUCAACGUGCUUGCGCACUACGCCGUCAGGUUCAGCGAUCCAGGCUGGGCGAGCCCGCCUAGCCCCGCGGACAGCGCCCAAGCAGCAGCUUCCCGUGCUGCCGCUCCCACGUUUCUCCCCAGCUCCCCUAGUGUACCCACAUAUGUCACCGACUGCGAGUCUGCAGCUCCUCUGGCUACAACCGCCGCCUUGGACGGCAAUAAUCCUGUGCUGUGUCCACUGUGCGGCUGCCUGCGGCGUGCACCCGCCACGACGCACUGCCGCUACUGCAACCGCUGCGUUGAGGGCUUUGACCACCAUUGCAUGUGGCUGGGCGUGUGCGUGGGGACGCGCAACCACCACCUCUUCGCGCGCUACAUCGCGGUGCAAGCCGCCGUUGUGCUGCUGGGCUUCCACUACGCCCUGACCGCCUGCGGCCGGCCUAGCCCCUACGGCUAUACCUGGGCCUAUGCCAUCUUAGCACUGAUGGGCCUACUCGUGCUGCCCCUCGGCUUCCUUACCGUGGCGCACGUGCUGCUAGUCCUUACCGGCCACAACAGUCGGCAACGCCUGGGUGCAGCGAGCGGAUGGGUGGGUGGCGCGCGCGGUGAAUAA